AUGCUCUUUCACCUCCUUGCUUCCAAGAUGACCAAGAAAAGAAGGAACAAUGGUCAUGCCAAAAAGGGACGCGGCCACGUGCAGCCUAUUCGCUGUACCAACAGUGCCCGUUGUGUGCCCAAGGAUAAGGCCAUUAAGAAGUUCAUCAUUUGGAACAUCGUAGAGGCUGCAGCUGUCAGGGACAUUUCCGAAGUGAGUGUUUUCGACACCUAUGUGCUUCCUAAGCUGUAUAUGAAACUGCAUUACUGCAUGAGUUGUGCCAUUCACAGCAAGGUAGUCAGGAAUCGUUCUCGGGAAGCCCGGAAGGACUGAAAAACUCCACCCUGAUUUAGACCUGCUGGUGCUGCCCCACGACCUCCACCAAAGCCCAUGUAAGGAGCUAAGUCCUUAAAGACUAAAGAAAUACUGUUCCCUGGAAAGACAAUAAAGUGGAAAUUAUACUUUAAA